CGCAUGCAGUCUCCGCGUCCAGAGACACCAGAGCCCGACUCGCGGCAGGGGCGCAGGAACGGCGCGGCGGGCGUGCAGCUCCUGGACAACGAUGGUGCGAUCUCAGAUCAGCUGGAAUCCUGCUUGAAGCAUAUUUUCGCUAAAUAUUGCACACCUCGUCCCGCGCCGCCACAAAAAGGUGUCGGCUUGCUCAUGCCGCCGGAGGGCGCGUACCUCUCACCAGAGGGGCUGGACACAUGGGCAAGCGACACCAAUGGAGCGCCGUUCGACGACGAGACUAAGGAGGAGUUGAUGGAGUUUCUAGACGUGACGGAGGACGGCAGCCUCACGCUCAAGGGAUUCAUGCAGGUAUAUCAGCUACAGACGGAGAACGAUGAGGAGGAAACUUGGCGGGAUCUCUCGUCUCAUGGUUUUGACCGGACGCUCAGACUUGUGGCCACCCGUAGAGAAGACACCGAUAUGGACGAGCGUGAUCCCCCGUAUGCCUUCCCGGGUUACACGAACGGCACGAAGGUGGCGUAAAACCAGCUAAUAAGACGUCGCGGAUCACGUUUUCAGGACUCAGGUUUUCCUCGCGUCGAAUCCCCGAUACCCUGAUGACCUCUCAUGUCCAUCCACAGCAUGAAGUGUUGCUAUCCUCUCCAUUUGCAUUGCUUUGCAGUAUCGUAGAUUUUGUAUAACACGAUUGUCAUUGCUGAAUAUUAUCAGACACGCGGGCAUUGAGCACC